UGUCUAUUUCAUUGCCUGACGGAAAACGGAGCGACCUUGGGGGGAAACGGAGAGCCCCUCGCAGCCCUGGCCACGCCGAAGAGGCGGACGGGUCGCUCGAGGGUUUCUUCUGAAGGCGGGUCGCCUGAACUCUGGCGCAACGCCAAACAGGCAAGGUUCUCGGACGGUCGGACGACUAGGAAAAGCCCCCCGGGAAGCGUCGGCGGUGGGAAGGAGGGCCUCGGCUGCUGGUGACGUCACUGCGGGGCGACGAGAGCCCCGAAGAGACGGAAGAGCGCCGUGCAGGAGGAAAGCAGCGCCCUGAGAGCAUUCUUUUUCCUUUUCGAAGAGAUGCCCAAGGUGAAGAGGAGCAGAAAACCUCCUCCAGAUGGCUGGGAAUUGAUUGAACCAACCUUAGAUGAACUGGAUCAAAAAAUGAGAGAAGCUGAGACCGAACCACAUGAAGGGAAAAGGAAAGUGGAAUCUCUUUGGCCCAUCUUCAGAAUUCAUCAUCAGAAAACACGCUAUAUUUUUGAUCUCUUCUAUAAAAGGAAAGCCAUUAGUAGAGAGUUGUACGAAUAUUGUAUCAAAGAAGGUUACGCGGACAAAAACCUGAUUGCAAAGUGGAAGAAACAAGGGUAUGAAAACCUCUGCUGCUUACGUUGCAUCCAGACCCGCGAUACCAAUUUUGGAACCAACUGCAUCUGUAGGGUGCCCAAAAGUAAACUGGAAGUGGGGAGAAUAAUUGAGUGUACUCACUGUGGUUGUAGAGGCUGUUCUGGAUGAAGCAUUCUUCAAAAGCAACCCCCUUUUCAGAGGUUCUAAGGGACUGUUUACCAUCAAGGACUGCUCAUAAGAACUAUUUUUUCACAACAAGCCUGCCGUAAGAUGAUUCCCUUUGCAUCCCGAAAUAGAAUAACUGAAUGUGUAAACGCAGUAGUGUGUUUUGAUGUCCUGUGUAGUCAUUGUAUUUUAAAAUAAAGUCUUGCCUACUUCUCCCAAAUGA